AAACCCAACUAAGUUUGUGGUAGGAGGACUGGCUGUCUCCACCGGAUAUGGUGCUGAUGGAUACUGGGAGAUAAAUGACCCCACAGGUUCUGGUACCAAACCCCUGUCCACCUACUGUACAUUUGAGAAUGGCACCUGUGGCUGGACACAGGACACGACUGGUGACCAGUUUGACUGGAUACUGCUGGGUGGUUCCACAGGGUCUGGAGGCACUGGACCUACCACUGACCACACUUAUGGGACUGGAGCAGGUCGCUAUGUCUACAUAGAGACAUCCAGCCCAAGAAAAGUAAAUGACACUGCAAACCUAAUAUCCCCAACGUAUCCAGGACUUAGAGGUGGGAAGAUCUGUCUGACAUUUUGGUAUCACAUGUAUGGUGCACAUAUAGGGACACUCAAUGUUAAGCUGAACACAGUAGGCAGCAGCAGCACCACUAUUUGGUCUUUGACUGGUAACCAAGGCAACCAGUGGAUCAUCAACCAAGUUACAAUAGCACCAACUUACAGCUAUCAGAUUGUAUUCCAAGGUAUACGAGGCACUGGUUACCAAGGUGAUAUUGCUGUUGAUGAUGUCAGCAUCAAAGAUGGAGCUUGCAUAACACCAGGAGCUUGUACCUUUGAGAAAGAUCUGUGUACUUGGGUGAAUGAUCUUACUGGAGAUGACUUUGACUGGGUAGAAGGGAGUGGAGCUACUGGAAGUACAGGCACAGGACCAUCCACAGAUCACACUCUAGGAACAGCAGCAGGAAAGUACCGCUAUAUUGAAUCAUCUUCACCUCGUAAGCUUGGAGAUGUGGCUCGCCUGAGAAGUGAAGUCUUCACAGCCAACCCACAGCACUGUGUGAAGUUCUGGUAUCACAUGAAUGGCCAGCACAUCGGCACAUUGAAUGUCAUCAGAGUGACCAGGAGUGGACGUAACUCCACUGUGUGGACACUGUCUGGAGAUCAAGGUGACCAGUGGCUGUAUGGUCAAGCACCUGUGGGCACUUCUUCUGAGUCAUACAGGAUUGUGUUUGAAGCCAUCAGAGGAACAGGGUACCAGGGGGAUAUUGCCAUUGAUGAUGUGGACUUUGCCCAGACUGCAUGUGCAGCGACAUCUGGGUCUACCCAAUCCACUGUACUGACUACAAAGACGACCACAACCACACCCACACCAACCCCCUCUGUAACUCCCACACCAACCACAGCUCCUGGAUCAUUCAAUUGUUCCUUUGAUGUGGACAGUUGUGGGUGGACACAGGACAAGACGGACAAGUUUGACUGGACCAGACAGUCCAGCGGGACAGGGUCAUUUGGUACUGGACCCAGUACAGACCACACAACUUCUGCACCUAUUAAAGUAAAUACACCAGAUGCCUAUACCUACCAGAACAUCUUCCUCGACUUCCGUGGUGUGACCUCAGUGACCUUCAAGGUCAAGGCCUGUAAUGAUGUCCAUGUCAGCUUGUCACCAACCACAAAUAGUCAGGACAGAAAAAAAUAUGAGGUGGUCAUUGGUGGAUGGGGUAAUGGACAAUCUGUUAUACGUGAAAAGGCUCAGGGACAGAAUUUGGUCACCUUGGUCCGUCCUAAGAUGGUGGACUGUAACAUCCUUAAGCCAUUUUGGAUCAGUUGGGAUGGUGGUCAUAUCCGUGUCGGUCAAGGAUUGACUGUUAAUCAGAGCAUGUUUUUGGACUACAAGGAUCCCACACCUUAUGCUGUGAGGUCUAUGGGAGUGGCCACAGGGUUUGGUGCCAAAGGAGAGUGGGAGAUAUAUGAUCCUAGAGUUGGCUUCUACUACUACAUUGAGACCUCCAGUCCAAGAGUUACAGGAGACAUGGCCAGACUGGUCAGUCCCAUGGUCCAGGCCAAUGGAACCAGCUGCUUGACCUUCUGGUACCACAUGUACGGUGCCCAUGUGGACAAGCUCAAUGUGUAUGUGAUGAACAGACCCACCCUGGGGAACCCAGUGUGGACCAGGGCUGGAACCCAGGGGGAUAAGUGGGUGCAGGCUCAGGUGAACAUCAGGGCGCGUGGCAGGUACAAGGUUGUUUUUGAAGGUCUAAGGGGUGCUGGUUACCAAGGUGACAUUGCUGUGGAUGAUGUAACUCUUUUAUCUGGAACUUGUGCUGCUGUGGUCACCCCAACAGUAACAGUGAAAUGUGACUUUGAGAAGGAUGUGUGCAAUUACACUCAGGACAAUACCGACCAGUUUGACUGGACACGGAAGUCUGGAAGCACUUCCAGCUCAAUCACUGGACCUACCAAUGACCACACCUAUGGAACUCCUGCAGGAAGCUACAUGUAUGUGGAGAGCUCUUCCCCUAGGGUCCAGGGGGACAUAGCAAGGCUCAUUACAACCUCUAUGGCUGUGGGCAGCAGUGACAGCUGUAUUCAGUUCUGGUACCACAUGUAUGGGGCAGACACUGGCAGUCUCAGAGUCUACAAGGAUACUACUGCUAAUAAACUGUGGGAACUCUCAGGUGACCAAGGCAACAGCUGGCAGAGAGCAGAGGUUGAUGUUCCAGCUGGUGCUCCCUAUAAGAUCAUCUUUGAAGCAGUGAGAGGAACUGGUUAUCGAGGAGAUACCGCCAUUGAUGAUGUGGUUGUGACAACUGGAAAGUGUACUGGAACAUCACUCUUUUGUGACUUUGAGAAAGAUUUCUGCACGAUGUCCAAUGCCCAGUCAGGGGAUGACUUUGACUGGACACGAGGGUCUGGAAGAACCGGCAGCUCUGGCACUGGACCAUCCAUUGACCACACUCUUGGAAAUGGAAAUGGCUCCUAUGUCUUCAUUGAGUCCUCCAGUCCCCGUAGUCCUGGCGACACUGCCCAACUGGUUAGCACCACAGUGACCCCUAAUAGUGCAAACUGUCUGGAGUUCUGGUACCACAUGUAUGGUGCAGACAUUGGUACCCUCAAUGUAGUAUACUCAUCUGGUGGUACCAACAAAACAAUAUGGCAGAUGAGUGGCAACCAGGCUGAUGCCUGGAACACUGGAAGGAUCAGUCUCAACCAGGGAAAUACACCAUUUAAAGUCAUCUUUGAGGGUGUCAGAGGCACUGGUUACAGAGGAGACAUAGCACUUGAUGACAUCAGGAUGUUUGUAGCUAACCCAUCUGGCCCAUGCUUAACCCAACCAGCAGGGGCCGUACCUACCUCACCAGCACCCACCACUGCCAGUACCACACCCACAUCAACUGCACCCCCAGUUCAAGUCAGUGUGAAUGCUGUGACUGUGGUGAAGAUCACCAACCUUCAGUGGAGCAACCAGUACCUGGACAAGACCUCAGCUUUGUAUAUAGCUCUCAACAGGGACCUUAUAGCUGCUACCCAGAAUAUUCUCUCCAGUGUGGCAGGCUCACACACAGUCACACUUCUGUCACUGCGAGCAGGAAGUGUCAUGGCGGAAAUGGGGAUCGCUUCAUCCAUCCCAUCUGCCAACAAAAACACACACAAGACCCUCUUGCGUAAUGCUUUGACCAAUGCAGUAAGGAACAACCAGUUUGGGAGGUUCCAAGUUGAUCCCAACGUAGUGGUCUCUGAUGUCAGCGCAGCCAACUCCUUUGACUGUACCUUUGAGGCCGACACAUGUGGUUGGGUACAGGAGGUUGGAGACACCUUUAACUGGACAAGGUCCAGUGGUGCCACUGGAAGUACCGGUACUGGACCUUCCUUUGACCACACUACUGGAACUGGAUAUUACAUGUAUAUCGAGACAUCUUCACCAAGGGUCGACGGAGACAAAGCUCAAUUGAGCAACACACUGGUACCAUCUGGAACCGCCUGUAUCUCAUUCUGGUACCACAUGUAUGGCCCACAUGUUGACACCCUUAAUCUGUACUAUGUCAAAGGCAGCACCCUGGGGACCCCGGUGUGGAGUAGAACAGGCAGUAAGGGGGAUAGGUGGUUGCAAGCUCAGGUGCAGUUCACUAACCAAGCGUACACCAAGAUAAUGUUUGAAGGUGUCAGAGGUAAAAGUUACCAGGGAGACAUUGCCAUAGAUGAUAUCACCAUGACUCCAGGAUUAUGUCCAGCAGCCACUGGAGUGAGCUGUACUUUUGAAGAUCAAAAUGUCUGUGGCUACACUCAGGACCAGGCUGAUACAUUUGACUGGACAAGGACUAGUCUGUCCACUAGCUCUACAGGGACUGGACCCACUGCUGACCAUACAUAUGGGACUGCCAAAGGCUUUUACAUGUACAUCGAAGCUUCAUCACCAAGAAGUGCUGGUGACAUAGCUCGCCUGAUGACUCCAAAUGUUAAACCCAAUGAAGGGAAAUGUCUCAGCUUCUGGUACCACAUGAAGGGCACACACAUUGGUACCCUGAAUGUCAAGUAUCAGUACAACACAAGUGCCUUAGCUCCACCAUCAAGUAGCCUACUGUGGAGUAGAUCUGGGGACCAGGGUAAUCAGUGGCAAGAGGCCAGGAUUUCUGUGGCCAACAAACCUAACUUCUAUGGAUCACUAAUUGUGUUUGAAGGCACUGUGGGUACUGGUUACCAGGGUGAUAUCUCCAUUGAUGAUGUUCAACUACUGCCUGGAGAUUGCCAGAGAAUUGGUAACUGUGACUUUGAGAACAGACUGUGUGGCUGGAGUAAUGUCCAGACUGACCAGUUUGACUGGACCCAAAGAAAGGGCAGUACAACUAGUGGUGGGACGGGACCAUUAGUGGACCACACUCUUGGCAAUUCAAACGGCACAUACAUGUACAUUGAGACCUCGUCCCCACGUAAGCAGGGUGACACAGCCCAGCUGAUCUCCCCGUCUCUAACGGCCACCAGUGGAUCAGGCAUGUGCAUCCAUUUCUGGGCCCACAUGAAAGGUGCUGGAGUUGGGGCACUGAAUGUCUACAAACAACCAACUGGGGGCAAUACAACAUUGCUUUGGCAGCUGUCCACUGAGCGUGGUGACAAGUGGUUUGAUGGACAGGUCACUCUGUCCAGUUCCACAACCUUUAAGGUCAUCUUUGAGGGUGUGAGAGGGGGUACCUACCAGGGUGACAUCGCAAUAGAUGACAUCACCUUUACACAGGGGAAUUGUCCAAUCAACCCACCUGAUGCUCAGCCAGCAAGUGCUACUCCUCCUCUGCCAACUGCUACAGUACCACAGAUUACAACCACCCAGGCUGGAUUGAAAUAUUGUUCCUUUGAGACUGGUCUCUGUGACUGGACACAGGACAAGAAUGACGACUUUGACUGGACUCGAGCCAAAGGGUCAACUUCCUCCACUGGGACUGGUCCUUCAGCAGACCACACCUCUGGGACAGGCUUUUACAUCUAUAUUGAGACCUCCAGCCCCAGGCGAGUCAAUGACACGGCUCGUAUUGAGAGUUCCAGCAUCACAGCAAGUGGCUCCCUCUGUCUGGAAUUCUGGUACCACAUGUAUGGUCCUCAUGUAAACACCCUCAAUGUCCUGACCAAGCAGGGUGGCGCCUCCACAACCAUCUGGAGUAAGACUGGUACCCUGGAUGACAAAUGGUACCAGGCUAAAGUGACCCUGAACAGACCAGUUCCAUAUAAUAUUGUGUUUGAGGCUAUUAGAGGGACAAGUUUCAGAGGAGACAUUGCUUUGGAUGAUGUGAAGUUGUCAGUUGGCUCCUGUAGUGCCCAAGUCACAAAUGAUGGCUCUUGCACCUUUGAGGAUAAGAAACUAUGUGGCUACAUUCAAGACCAGACCGAUGUAUUUGACUGGACACAGAACAGUGGGUCAACUGGGUCAACUGGUACUGGACCUACUAAUGAUCACACCUAUGGUAGCCCAGUUGGUCAGUACAUGUACAUCGAGACCUCAUCCCCAAGAAGGGCAGGUGACACUGCUCGCCUUAUCAGCCCUGUUCUCCAGUCCACCAGGGGGAGCUGUGUACAGUUCUGGUACCACAUGUUUGGAGGCGAUGUGGACACUCUCAAUGUUUAUGUCAAGACAAAUGGCCGCCUGGGUUCAGCAGUAUGGAGCAAGACUGGACCACAGGGAUCUGCAUGGAUACUGGGAGUGGUCAGUGUGAGGUCCUCUGGCACGUGGCAGGUUGUGUUUGAAGGAACACGUGGCAACAACUAUCAAGGUGACAUUUCUAUUGAUGAUGUCACAGUGACAAGUGGGGCAUGCCCAUCUCCAGGGGAUUGUGACUUUGAAAGUGACACCUGCACGUGGAGUAACGUUGCAGCAGGAGAUGAUUUUGAUUGGUUGAGAGGAAAAGGCGCAACUGGCAGCUCAUUUACUGGACCUAGCACAGAUCAUACGAAAGGAACUUUAGAUGGCUACUUCAUGUUCAUAGAGACCUCUGCCCCCAGGGUGCUGGGAGACACAGCUAAGUUAGUGAGUCAAAGGUUUGAUGCAACCAGAUCUAAGAGAUGUAUUAGAUUCUGGUAUCACAUGUAUGGAAGAGGCAUUGGUACCCUAAGUGUUACCCUGCAAACCAACAGCUCUGAGACUCUUCUGUGGCAGCAAUCAGGUGACAAAGGAAGUACCUGGCUGGAUGGUCAAGUGUCCUUCACAAGCACUGACCAGUAUCAGAUUGUAUUUAAAGGCAUUCGUGGGUCAAACUACCAGGGUGAUAUAUCCAUUGAUGACAUCUCUUUCACCACAUCUGCAUGUGCAAUCAAGCCAGCUCUUCAAACCCUCAGCACAACCACAAGUAGCCCUACUGCUUCCACUACAGCAUUCAAGCCCUCAGCCCCACUGGACUGUAGCUUUGAAUCUGGACUCUGUAGUUGGACACAGGAUAAUACUGAUGACUUUGACUGGACAAGAACUCAGGGCCCAACUGGUUCUGUAAGCACUGGACCAACUGCUGACCAUACACUGGGCACAGACCAAGGUUAUUAUGUAUACAUUGAGACCUCUGGCAGAAGAAUCAAUGAUGUUGCCCGCAUUAUCUCUGGCCAAGUACCCAGCAGCCAACAGUACUGUCUGCAGUUCUGGUACCACAUGUACGGACCUCAUGUCAACACUCUCAAUGUCUACCUCAAGCGUGGUGGUAAUCUUGGUGGAGCAGUUUGGACAAAGAGCGGUGCUCAAGGUAACCAGUGGUUUCAAGCUCAGUACAGUAUACCAGCUCAAGGAGUUGCCUACCAGGUAGUCUUUGAGGGUAUCAGAGGGAAUGGGUAUGCAGGGGAUAUAUCCAUAGAUGAUGUAGCUUUGAGACCAGGAGCUUGCCAGGGCUUGGCAACAAGUCAGUGUAACUUUGAUACUGACCUAUGUGGCUGGACACAGUCUACCAGUGAUGACUUUGACUGGACACAGCAGUCUGGGGCCACUGGCAGCGCUGGAACUGGACCUAUUAAUGACCACACCCUGGGAACUGGAACUGGCAAAUAUAUCUACACUGAAACAAGUUCCCCCAGGAAGCCAGGAGACAAGGCCGUCUUGAUCAGCCCUUCACUGCCUGCGCCCUCUGGUGCCCAGUGCCUGCAGUUCUGGUAUCACAUGUAUGGAUUCCAUAUUGGCACCUUGAAUGUAUACACUCAGACCCUAGGGUUUAAUACCACUAUCUGGAGCAAGAGUGGUUCUCAAGGAAAUGGCUGGCUGCUUGGUCAGGCUACUGUUAAGUCAGCUGGACAAUUCCAGAUCCUGUUUGAAGGUAUCCGUGGUACUGGCUACCAAGGAGAUAUUUCCAUUGAUGAUGUCAAAGUUGUGAAUGGGGCUUGUCCCUUACCAGGUGAUUGUGAUUUUGAGACUGGCUUCUGCACAUGGACCAAUCCUCAGAGCGGGGAUGACUUUGACUGGUUGUUGGGGAAAUCAUCCACCAAGUCCAGGUAUACAGGACCAAGUGUGGACCACACCACUGGCACUGCACAAGGACAAUAUGCCUUCAUUGAGGUAUCCUACAAAAAGAACUUCGCUGUUGCUCAACUGCUUAGUGAGCGUUUCCUGGCCACAAGAGGGCGCUGCAUGUCCUUCUGGUACCACAUGUAUGGUCAGGAUAUUGGCACACUCAGCGUUAAGAUCUUGGAUUUGGUGUCAAACACGACCUGUCUGGUUUGGCAGCUCAAUUCGGAUAGAGGAAACACUUGGUUCAAUGGAAGGGUGCCUAUUGUUAACAGCAACCAAUACCAGAUUGUGAUAGAAGCUGGUAGAGGCCCAGGAAAUGCAGGAGACAUUGCCAUAGAUGACAUUUCAUUCACAUCUGGCAGUUGCUCCAUAGCACCAUUUGAUGCCAGUGUUACUCCUACAGCACAGAACUGCCCUUCAUCAGUCAACGCUACUCUACCACCUCUGUUAUCAUCAACAACCACACCAAUACCUAGCAGUUAUGACUGUAACUUUGAGAGUGGAUUCUGCUCCUGGACCCAGGCUCUGGAUGACAGCUUCAACUGGACCAGAAACAGUGGUAGCACUGGAUCACAGGGCACUGGACCUUCUACUGACCACACCAUAGGAACAGGAAGUGGUUCCUACAUCUUCAUCGAGACCUCCAGCCCCAGGCGUCCUAACGACACAGCCCGCAUAGAAUCCACGCCACUAGGCCAGAGUAACAUCUAUUGUCUAAGGUUCUGGUACCACAUGUAUGGACCCCAUGUGGACACACUCAAUGUGUACCAGAAGACUGCAGGCACCCUGGGGACCCCGGUGUGGAAGAAGACAGGGACACAGGGCACCCAGUGGAACUAUGCUCAGGUUACACUGAACACUAACAGGGUAUUCCGGAUUGUGUUUGAAGGUGUGAGAGGCACCAGUUAUGCAGGAGACAUUGCUCUUGAUGACAUCACUGUGUCACCGCAAGGAUGCUUUAACAACAAAGCCUCCAAGUGUGACUUUGAGAACAGUAACUACUGUGGCUAUGUCCAGGACACCAAAGAUGACUUUGACUGGACCUGGUCAAGUGGAGCCACAGGCAGUGUAGGAACUGGACCCAGCAGUGACCACACCUAUGGAACCAACAAUGGUCACUACAUGUACAUAGAGACCAGCAGUCCCCGCGUACCCGGAGAGCAGGCCCGUCUUUCCACCCCAGUCCUUAAGGCCACCACUGGACAGUGCAUGGAGUUCUGGUACCACAUGUACGGAGGCACUGUGGACACUCUUAACAUCUACCUGUCCAGUUCUCUGGUGACUACCAAACUGUGGAGCAAAACUGGAGACCAGGGUAACCAGUGGCUAGCUGGUAAAGUCUCACUGGCCAGUGGUACUGACUUUAAGGUGAUAUUUGAAGGCAUCACUGGACAGUCUUACCAAGGGGAUAUUGCCAUUGAUGAUAUUACUAUUUAUGAUGGAGCUUGCAGUGGUCUGCCAGGUGAUUGCAACUUUGAGCGCAAUCUCUGUACUUGGAGGAACAUCCAGAUAGCUGAUGACUUUGAUUGGACGUCAGGUACAGGUGCAACAGCCAGUCAGUAUACAGGACCAACUUUUGACCAUACCAUGCAAACUGCCACAGGCAAGUACCUGUUCAUAGAGUCCAGCUCUCCUCGAGUCAUAGGAGACAAAGCCUGGCUGGAGAGCCAGUGGUUUGAUGCCACCAACAACCUCUGCCUCACCUUCUGGUACCACAUGUCUGGGAGCAGCAUUGGGUCUCUCAAUACUUACAUCAAGCUGGGUGCUGCAGGAAAACUGACCCUGCUCUGGUCACUGUCUGGUAAUCAGGCUGACCAGUGGAGACAGGGGCAGGUGCCCAUCAACAGCGGAUCUAAUAAAUACAAGAUCUACUUUGAAGGUGUCCGUGGUGUAAGUUACACAGGAGAUGUAGCAAUAGAUGACAUUACCUUCACUGUCAGCAGGAGGUGUACAAUCCUUCCACCCACAGCCUCCCCUAGCCUGCAGACCACCAGCACCCCUGCCUCCACCACUGUCACCACUCCACAGGGACCCACGCCACCACCAACAUCUUAUGACUGUGACUUUGAGACCAGAACAUUGUGUACCUGGGUACAGGGAACUAAUGACCAGUUUGACUGGUCACUUUCACAAGGUCCAACUGGCAGCAGCCUGACUGGGCCUACUUCUGACCACACUAAGGGUACAGACCAAGGAUGGUAUGUGUACAUUGAAGCCUCAGCACCGCGCCGUCCUAAUGACACUGCAACUCUCCUCAGUAACACCAUCAACGACUUCCAGUCCCACUGCGUCAGCUUCUGGUACCACAUGUACGGUACCCAUGUGAACACACUCAAUGUUUACACCCUGAAUAAUGGUGGCAACAUCCUGGGUCUACCUCUCUGGACAAGGACAGGAACCCAGGGGAAUCAGUGGAAGUUGGGACAGUUUACUGUCAACCAGGCUGGGGCUUACAAAGUUGUCUUUCAAGCAAUAAGGGGAACCAGCUACAGAGGAGACAUUGCUCUAGAUGACUUAAGAAUAUCACAAGGAGCUUGCCAGAAUCAGAAUGGUGGUACAGGCACAUGCACAUUUGAGGAUGCCUCCAUAUGCAGCUACACCCAGGAUACCACAGAUAACUUUGACUGGACACGCAGCCAGGGGAGUACUGGCAGUGUUGGCACUGGACCUUCUACUGACCACACACUGGGCACUGGGAAAGGCUACUACAUGUACAUAGAGACUUCCUCACCAAGGAGAAUCAAUGACACUGCCCGCUUAGUGACCACCGCAUUCAGUGGUCUGAAUACCGCAAAAUGUGCCUCAUUCUGGUUCCAUAUGUAUGGACGCCAUGUUGGUACCUUGAAUGUGUACAAGAUGCCCACUGGACAACCAAAUGCCAGAGGAAGCCCUGUGUGGAGUAGGUCAUAUAAUCAUGGCAACCAGUGGCGCCUGGGUCAAGUGACUCUGCGUGGCACUGGCAGCUAUAAGCUUGUCUUUGAGGGCAUCAAGGGUGAUGGUUACCAAGGAGAUAUUGCCAUUGAUGACAUCUCAUUUGCAGAUGGAGAAUGUAAUAAGCCAGGCUGGUGUGACUUUGAAAAAGGUUACUGUACUUGGACCAACCUACAGAGUGAUGACUUUGACUGGCUACGUAGCAGAGGAUCAACAUCCAGUACUUUCACUGGUCCUUCCAGUGAUCACACCUCUGGUGGAGCCACAGGUUACUAUGCCUACAUUGAGUCCAGUUCACCACGAGUGAUAGGAGACACUGCCCGCCUUGGCAGCACAAUCUUCCCAGCAGCCAGGCAAGACAAGUGCAUGACCUUCUGGUACCACAUGCUGGGAGCUGAUAUUGGUACCCUGAAUGUAUACGUCAAGGUGAACCAGACCAGGAACUCCAUCAAUACUGAAUCUCUGUUGUGGCAGCUGGUUGGUGAGACAGGAGAUCAGUGGCAGCCUGCACAGGUGCCUAUACCACAGGCAUAUGGAGGUCGACCUCAUCAGCUCGUCAUUGAAGGUGUCCGUGGCACCAGUUACAGGGGAGACAUUGCCAUAGAUGAUAUCCAGGUUAUUGAUGGAAGCUGUGCAUUUUUACCUCCCUAUGCUGAUCCUGUACAACAAGGACCAUCUAAAGUGGCAUGCAACUUUGAUGUGGACAACUGCUUCUGGCUUCAGGAGACCUCUGGAGAUGAUUUUGACUGGACACGCACUAACACCACCUCUCCAUCCAUCAACACUGGACCUCCAGCUGACCACACAGGAAGUGGCUACUACCUGUUUGUUGAGGCCUCCAGACCAAGACAGCCCAAUGACAGAGCUGUACUGAAGACCCCUGUCCUCCCACGAACUGACCCAAGGGGGAACUGCCUGGUCAUGUGGUAUCACAUGUUUGGAGUCCACAUAGGCACCCUGAACGUGUAUGUGCAACAAAAUGGCCGCCGCACCCUGAGAUGGACAAGGAUUGGUACUCAAGGGAAUGAGUGGAAGAAAGCGCAAGUGAACAUCAACAGCUCCUAUGAUUAUCAGAUCUUCGUUGAAGCUGUCCUGACCAAUGGAUUUGCAGGAGACAUUGCUAUAGAUGAUAUGGACAUGUUGAUUGGUCCAUGUCCACCCAGCAGAUACUGUGACUUUGAGGUAGACCUGUGUGGGUUCUCCCAGGACAGCCAGGACAACUUUGACUGGACCAGGAGUAACAAUGCUACAGCCAGUAUAGGCACUGGACCCAGCACUGACCACACCACAGGGACUGGACAAGGUUAUUAUGCAUAUAUCGAGGCCUCGGCACCUAGACAAGCAGGAGACACUGCCAGUCUUAUCCUGCCACAGCUCCCAGCAGCUCCAAUUGGGGAGUGUAUGUCCUUCUGGUAUCACAUGUAUGGAGCAGACAUUGGAGCACUGACUGUCUACCUUCAACCUGCUACUGGCAGCAAGUCACAGUUAUGGAGUAAGAAUGGUGAUCAAGGAAACCAGUGGCGUCUUGCACAGGUCAAUGUUAGGAGCAUUCGGGCUUUUGAGCUUGUCAUCGAAGGCAGGAGUGGCAGUGGUUACCGCGGUGACAUCGCCAUUGACGACAUCAACAUAACUCCAGGGACUUGCCCACAACAAGGAUCCUGUGACUUUGAGAGAGACACCUGUGGCUAUCUGAACACACAGACAGGUGAUCAGUUUGACUGGAUACGCAGCAACGGAAGAACACCUUCCAGGUUUACUGGACCAAGUGUUGACCACACUACUGGGGCCUCUUCAGGUUACUACAUGUACAUUGAGACCAGUGGUACUGCCAGCAGCCCAGGAGACAAGGCACUGUUGGUCAGUGAACAGCUGCAGGCCACCACCUCCUCAUGUCUUACAUUCUGGUAUCACAUGUAUGGAGCAGGUGUAGGCAAACUAGAAGUAGUCCAGAGAAUUGGCAGUCAGUCCAGCACCGUCUUCACCCAGUCUGGAAACAAGGGCAAUGUGUGGCAGGUGGCCCAGGUGCCUCUCACUAGUGGCAGCACCUUUGAUCUCACAUUUGCUGCCUAUAAAGGAAGCAACUACACCAGUGAUAUAGCCAUAGAUGACAUCAGUGUGGCCUCAGGAGCUUGUUCUCUGACCACGCCCACCACACAGCAGCCGUCCACAGUUACUGCAGUACCAUCCCUUGGCUGUGACUUUGAGACUGGAACCUGUGGCUGGACACAAGAGACCCAGAAGGACCAGUUUGACUGGUCAAGGACCAGAGGGUCCACUGGUAGUACAGGCACUGGACCACCUUUUGACCACACCCUUGGGAGCACUGGGGGUUACUACAUGUACAUCGAAGCCUCGGGCAAGCAAGCCAAUGCCACUGCCCGCCUCCUCAGUCCUGGCCUUCCUCGCUCCAAUCAGUACUGUCUGAACUUCUGGUACCACAUGUACGGAGCACAUGUUAACACGCUGAACGUUUACUACAAUGGGCGGUAUAGGAGAAUGAUCAAGUUGUGGACUAAACAGGGGACGCAAGGUAACCAGUGGAAAGAGGCACUGGUCACUCUAAGGUCAUCCAGUACAAAUGGACAGUUUAUAUUUGAAGCUCUCCGUGGACCAGGUUACCAAGGUGAUAUUGCUAUAGAUGAUGUCAGGAUCCUUCCUGGAGCCUGCCCACAUCCCAAGAUUUGUGACUUUGAAGACGACAACAUCUGCAACUACCAGCAAGGUGUGACAGAUGACUUUGACUGGUCAUGGGGCAGUGGCAAUACCACCUCUGUGGGCACUGGACCCCGAGCUGACCACUCCUAUGGGACAGCUGUGGGUCACUACAUGUACAUUGAGGCCUCAAGACCUAGAAAGCAAAACGAUGCGGCUGUAAUCAUUGGGCCCAGUCACCCAGCCACCACAGGCUCAUGUCUCACCUUCUGGUAUCAUAUGUUUGGGCCAGAUGUGGGCAGUUUGAAUGUGUACAUAGCUGGUGUGAGGGGUACCAAAGGGCCAAACCUUUGGGCCCUGUCCUCUGACCAAGGUGACCAAUGGAAGAUGGCCAGAGUGAAUAUUAAAUCUGCUACCAAGUAUGGGGUUAUGUUUGAAGGCAUAGUAGGGUAUGGCUACAGAGGAGACAUUGCUAUAGAUGAUGUGGCAGUCACUGAUGGACCAUGUGCAAAACCAGCCACUUGUGACUUUGAACUUGACAAGUGUGGCUGGACACAACAGUAUAAUGAUGAUUUUGACUGGGAAAGAAGACGUGGAGUCACUCCUAGUGUGGGCACUGGACCAGUUACUGAUAAUACACUCAAGACAGCCCAGGGUCAUUACAUGUUCAUAGAGACCUCUAGCCCAAGAACAGCUAACCAAACAGCUGUCCUGGUCUCCGAGUCCCUGUCCCCUAACCCUCUGUCCAACCAGAUGUGCUUUACCUUUGCCUACCACAUGUAUGGCUCUCAGAUAGGGGCACUGAAUGUCUACCUCAACUACCGCGGGUAUCCUACCAACAUACUGCUGUGGAAUAAGUCUGGAGACAAAGGAAACACUUGGCAGCAGGCUCAGGUCACCAUUGAUAACCCAUACGAUAAUUAUCAGCUAUUGAUAGAGGGCGUUGUUGGUAAUGGUUACCGUGGUGAUAUUGCCAUAGAUGACACUGCCCUGGUGGAUGGAGCCUGUAGUGGAGGAGGCUUACCUCUAUCUUAUUUCUGUGGUGACCCUCAGAAGACUGUGAUCUCUAUCAACAAGACGUGUGACUUUAUCAAAGACUGUUCUAAUGGAGCAGAUGAGUCUUUAUGUGGUGCUUGUGACUUUGAGGCAAACCAGUGUGGCUGGACACAGAACACUGUCAGUCAGUCAGGGACGGCCUUUGUGUGGCUGCGUGGUGGGAAUGCAACAGCCACUUCCAAUACUGGACCUUCCUAUGACCAUACCCUGCAGAAUGCCUUUGGUCAUUACAUGUACAUUGAUGCCAGCCUGGGUCGAUCAUUUGCCAUAGCAGAACUGGUGGGACCUGUGCUUCAGCCUAGCUAUGAGACAUGUCAGCUACAGCUGUGGUACCAUAUGAGUGGAAUAGGCAUAGGUCUGCUGCAGGUGGUGGUCAGGGCAGGCCAGAGGGAUACAGUGAUCUUUGGUAUCAGUGGAGACCAAGGUAACAAGUGGCAGCAGGCGACUGUCAACAUUGGCAGAGUUAGCUCGUCUUUCCAGAUUGUGAUUAAAGCCAGGAGAUCCUUCAAUGUGCUUGGAGACAUUGCUAUAGAUGACAUCACCUUGAACAACUGUAUCUUCCCAGAACCAAAAACAACCUGUGGUGCCAAUGAAUUCCGCUGUGCCCGCGGUGCUUGUGUUGGUCUGGAUCGCCAGUGUGACUUCUCUGAUGACUGCGGUGAUGGCUCAGAUGAAUACUCCACAUCAAGCACUUACUGUGACCAAACAUUCCCGGGCCGUUGUGACUUUGAGACCAGUCUGUGCUCCUGGCAACAAGAUAGGACAGAUGACUUUGAGUGGACACGACAAAAUGGCAGAACAUCCAGCUCCAACACUGGACCUUCCAGGGACCACACCACUGGACUCAAUACUGGGAACUACCUGUUCAUUGAGACUUCCAGACCCAGAGUGGCGGGUGAGAAGGCCAGGCUGGUGAGCCCAGUGUUUGCCCCAACCCAGACCAGGAAGAGGGCCACAAAGAUCUGCAUGGUGCGGUUCUACUACCAUAUGUUUGGUAAAAAUAUUGGUGACCUGAAUGUGUACACUAAACUUUCCACCAGUGGAGCACUCAGGAAGAUUUGGGCCAAGUCGGGUAACAUUGGAGACUUCUUUGAGAGGGCAGAAGUUCAGGUGUAUGAAUCUCAGAACUUCCAGGUUGUGAUAGAAGCUGUAGUUGGUAACGGUUACCAGGGCGAUAUUGCAAUUGAUGACAUCUCCAUGACCAGUGACUGCACUGCCAUAGGCGGUUCUGUCACCUUGCCCUCAGGUUCUCCACCCACUGUGACACCUCCCUCUGUCUGCAGAUCUGACCAGUUUGCCUGUCUAGGAGGAAACCCCACUUGCAUCCCAAAGACACAAGUCUGUGACUUUGCCACACAGUGUUUUUAUUCCUCUGAUGAAAGAGUCUGUGGUACUUGUGACUUUGAAGUUGGUCAGUGUGGCUGGAAGACCAUUAACUCUGGUCAGUUUGCCUUCAAGAGAUACCAGGGAAGUUCUCAGACCCAGACUGGACCAACAUCAGAUGCUGAUGGAAGAGCUCAAGGCUACUACAUGUUAGUGGAGGCCUCUACAGGUUUAUUCCUGACGUCAGCCAGCAUUGAGACCCCAACACUUGGAGCCACGGCACCCAACUGCAGGAUUAACUUCUAUUAUCAUAUGAAUGGACAGAAUGCAGGCACUUUCCGAGUGUCGGUUGUGAAUGGCAAUGACACCAGACAGUUCACCUCCAUCUUCAACCGCAUAGGUAGUCAGGGCAACCAGUGGAACAAGGCCAGUGCAGACAUUGGGCCUCUGCCUGCAGGGUACAAGGUGCGUAUUGAUGCCUUGCCAAACAGAUCGUUCUUCCCAAGGACCUCCUCAGACAUUGCAGUGGACAACGUGGACUUCCAAGACUGUGACCCUACACAGGUCUUCACGGAUAAAAGUUUGAACUGUACAUUUGAGUCUGGCUUGUGUGACUACUUCCAAGAGACAACAGAUGACUUUGACUGGACCAGAAGUAACCAGUCCACACCAACAGUGGGCAGUGGACCUUCAAGGGACCAUACUUCUGGAAAAGGUUACUACCUAUUCCUGGAGACUUCCUCCCCAAGACGUCGUGGAGAAAGAGCCCUGCUGACCUCCGGCACCAUCAGCUCAGUAGCUGCACCAGGAAAAUGCUUCAGCUUUUGGUACCACAUGUUUGGUUCCCACGUCAACACCCUGAAUGUAUACAUCCAGUCUGGAGGCAGCAGACGACUGAUCUGGACCAAGAUGGGAACACAGGGUAAUGUGUGGAGGCAGGCUCAGAGGACUGUGUCUAACCCAACUAACUUCCAGAUUGUGUUUGAAGGUUUGGUUGGAGACAGUUGGCAGGGAGACAUUGGCCUGGAUGACUUCAUGUUGACAAAUGGACCAUGUCCAACAGCAAGGGAAUGUGACUUUGAGGCAGAUUUCUGUGACUUCACCCAAGACAACACAGACAACUUUGACUGGACACGCCAGAGAAAUGGCACUUCAUCUAGCAGCACUGGACCACAAGUUGACCACUCUACCAGGAGCCAGUAUGGUUAUUACGUCUUCAUUGAGACCUCGGCUCCUCGCCAACCUGGACAAAAAGCUCGCCUGAUCAGUAAAUCCUACCCAGCAGGCCAGACAGAAUGUCUCCAGUUUGCCUAUCACAUGUAUGGCAAUGCCAUAGGUACACUGAAUGUGUAUGUGGACACCACAAAUAAUCCUGCUGGUUUAAGGAACCCAGUGUUUACUUUGACUGGUAACCAAGGCAACGUUUGGAUAUACCAACAGAUCACAGUGCAAGCUCAGUCUGCCCCAUGGAAGGCCAUUUUUGAAGGUAUCCGUGGCAACAGUUACCAAGGUGACAUUGCCCUGGAUGACAUCAAGGUUGUACCAGGUGCCUGCCCACCACCAGGAUCUUGUGACUUUGAAAAAGACUACUGCGGCUUUACCAAUGUGAAUAUUGAUGAAUUUGAUUGGCUGAGAAGUGCAGGAGCAACUUUGUCUGGAGGCACUGGACCAAGUGUAGAUCACACCAGCAACUCUGAUCAAGGAUUUUAUGUAUACAUGGAGGCAUCAGGUCGUACCAAAGGAAACCGAGCUUGGUUGUACAGUGAAACUCUGAAACCACAGCCCACAGGAGCUUGUCUGUCCUUCUGGUAUCACAUGUUUGGUCGAGACAUAGGUACUCUUCGUGUAUACUUCCUGCAGCCACAGCUGUCCAGACAGGUGUGGAAUGCCACAGGUGACAAGGGAAAUAUCUGGAACUAUGCACAGAUAGACCUGAGCAGCACCUCCAACUGGCAGGUGACAUUUGAAGGUCUUCAGGGUGGAGGACCUCAGGGUGACAUCGCAUUAGAUGAUAUUAACUUGGUACCAGGGCGCUGUGGUGGCAUCACUUUACCUGGAACCACCACUCCUAGCGUUACCAGAGUGACAUAUCCACCAUCUACAUUUGACUGUAAUUUUGAUAAGAACAAUCUGUGCAGCUGGCAACAGGAUGGCACAGAUAAUUAUGACUGGACGCUGGCUACUAAUGGCACUAACUCCCUUGGCACUGGGCCAAAGGGUGACCACUCAACACUCAGUGCUAGUGGCUAUUAUGUGUACAUAGAGGCAUCAAACCGACAGGUGAAUGACACAGCCAGACUUGUGAGUUCAGGGAUAAAUGUUGGUCCUGCUGGCAAAUGUAUCAAGUUCUGGUACCAUAUGUAUGGUGCUGAUAUUGGAAAUCUGAAUGUCUAUGCCAAGCAAGGAUCAACGUUUGGCCCAGUUUUGUGGCAGAAGCAUGGCACCCAGGGCGACUCUUGGAAGUAUGGACAACUCUGGCUCACAAAUAUAGGAGCUGCACAGAUUGUUUUUGAGGGUGUGAGAGGCAAAGGCUAUCAAGGAGAUAUCUCACUAGAUGACCUGUCAGCCAAUGAUGGACCCUGCCCAUCUACAGGCACCUGUGACUUUGAGCAAGCUGACAAGUGUGGCUAUACUGAUGACCCUACUGGUCAGUUCACCUGGACCAGGGCCAACAGUCAGACAGGGUCAGUGAGCACUGGACCUAAGGCUGACCACACCUAUGGGACAUCUUAUGGUUACUACAUGUAUACUGAGACCUCUGCUCCACGACAGCCUGGGGAUAAGGCCAGACUGCUCAGUCCUGUUUUCCAACCAACAACAGGCAAAUGCCUCAGGUUCAAUUACCACAUGUAUGGUGACCACAUAGGACAACUGAAGGUUUAUGUCAAGCAGCAGGGAACUCUGGGAUAUCCUGUGUGGUCUGAGCUCAGUAACCAAGGUGAUAAGUGGCUUGUUACCCAGGUUACAGUUAGCAGUGCCAGUCCAUUCCAGGUUGUAUUUGAGGGAACAAGAGGCAGUGGUUACCGUGGUGACAUAGCCAUUGAUGACAUCAUGUUGAUGGACGGCUCCUGCCCACCUCAAGGCAGCUGUGACUUUGAGAGAGACACCUGCACCUGGCAAAAUGAUAACACUGGGGAUGACUUUGACUGGCUUAGGAAUAGAGGAACCACUUCCACCUUCUCUACUGGUCCUAGUAAUGAUCACACACAAGGAGAUGCCAAUGGUUACUACUUAUAUAUAGAGGCUUCUGCACCAAGGCAACCAGGUGACAAGGCACGCGUGAGAUCAGAAGUGUUCCGCACCUCCCAGGACCGCUGUCUCUCCUUCUGGUACCACAUGUUUGGACGUGGCACUGGCAUCCUGCGUGUUUACCUUGAAACUGCUACAACAUCUAGCAAGCUGUGGGAGCGCAGCGGCCCCCAGGGUGACCAGUGGUCAGCAGCCCAGGUAAUCCUGAGCAGCACAGCAGAGUUCACAGUGGUGUUUGAGGGUGAGAGAGGCAGUGACUACUCCAGCGAUAUCGCCAUUGACGAUGUGGUGAUUACUCCUGGUGCUUGCCCAUCAAUUGUUCCACCAUCUGGUCAAUUUGGUUGUGGUAAUGGUCAGUCUGUCCAACAGUCCCAGGUGUGUGACUUUGUCAAGGACUGCUCUAAUGGAAAUGAUGAAGUGAACUGCGGCAACUGUACCUUUGAGAAUAAAAAUACCUGUGGAUGGUCAGAGGUCAGCACUGGAUCAUUCAAGUGGACCCAGGGCACUGGUGGUACAGCCACAUCUAACACUGGACCAAACAGUGACCACACAACACGCAGUCCAACUGGUACCUAUCUCUUUGUGGAUGCCAGUAAUGGUCAGUUUAACCAGUUGGCUACUCUUCAAAGCAAGACCCUACAGCAAGCAAGUGCCACCUGCCAGAUGAAGUUCUGGUACCACAUGUAUGGAAGAAGCAUAGGAAAGCUACAGGUUUACAUCAAGGUUGGCACCAGAGAGGUCCUCCUCUGGUCCAAGAAUGGACAGCAAGGAAACCAGUGGAUUCAAGGUGUGGCAGACAUUGGAAGAAUGCCUCAGCCUUUCACAGUUCUUUUAAAAGCAUCUCGUAGCUUCUCUGUGUUUGGAGACAUUGCCAUUGAUGACAUCACAUUUGAGAAUUGUUUCCUGCCACCCCAGAGACAGUGUGUGGCUGGGGAGAUAUCAUGCAAUCGAGGCUCUUGCUACACGCUAGACCGGCAGUGUGACUUCACUGACGAUUGUGGUGACAACACAGACGAGGACAUCAACAAGUGCAGAGUCUACCCAUCAAGGUGUGACUUUGAGAAAUCUCUGUGUGACUGGACCAUUGACUCCACGGCAGACUUCAACUGGAGACGAGGCUCAGGUACUGUCCCCUCUGGCACCACUGGCACAACUGGACCCUCCAGAGACCACACCACAGGGCUGAACAGUGGAUACUACCUGUAUUUGGAAACCUCCAGCCCCAGAGUCAAGGGAGAUGUGGCUAGAAUAAUCAGUGCUACCUGGGCACACCCAAGAGCAGCAGCAUGCUCCAUGACCUUCUACUACCAUAUGUAUGGCCCAGAUAUUGGAACCCUGAAUGUGUAUACCAGAUCCCAAAUUGGAGGCAACCUGAACCAAGUUUGGACCAAGACAGGGCAAGUUGGCAAUUUCUGGGAAAGAGCUUCCAUCAGUUUUAACAUAGCAGGGACUCUGCCUUUCCAGGUUGUAAUUGAAGGAGUGAGAGGUGAUGGUUGGGCUGGUGAUAUAGGACUUGAUGACAUCAGCUUCAGUACAGGCUGCUCCAAGUAUGUUGGUGUUCUACCUACAGGUACUCCCUCCAUAUCCACAGUCACACCCAGUGGAGCAUGUGGCAAUCAGUUCCAGUGUGGCGAUGGCAGCUGUAUAGACCAGAGUAAGGUGUGUGACUGGACAGCAGAUUGUUCUGAUGGCUUAGAUGAAGCUAAGUGUGGACAGUGUGACUUUGAGAGGGACAACUGUGGCUGGACGGAUAGCAGCAGUGGACGGUACAAGUUUGAGAGACAUCAAGGUGCAACACCCAGUAGUUUCACAGGUCCAUCAACUGAUCACACCUUUGGUACCCCUCAAGGAUAUUAUGUGUAUGCAGAGGGUGGGAAUGGAGAGUUCUUUAGCAGGGCAACCUUCACCAGUCCUAGCCUACCACCAGCAUCUAACCAAUGUGAAAUGAACUUUUGGUAUCACAUGAGAGGCAGACGUGUUGGGUCCUUAUAUGUAGCUGUUGUUGUGAAUGGCACACAAAAGGUUAUCUUUACUAAAACUGGAAACCAGGGAUUUUCAUGGAACCAAGGCACUGCCUACAUUGGAAGAGAUGUGGGUGCCAUCAAGACUCCAUUCACUGUUCAGAUACUAGCAGCACCAGCUAAUGGAUUCGGAUCAGCCAGUCAAGCUGAUGAUAUUGCAUUUGAUGAUAUCUCAUUCAAGAACUGUAAUCCAGCCUUCCAGGCUCCAGAUGUCACAUGUGACUUCGAAAAGGAUGCAUGUGGAACAAAAUGGAAGCAGGGUCAGAAUGGUAUAGAUGACCAGUUUGAUUGGACAAGAUCUCGGGGAUCCACGAGCAGUUUCUCCACAGGCCCAAGUGGUGACCAUACCACUGGAGGAACCACUGGUUACUACAUGUACAUAGAAACCUCCCAGCCUAGGAAACAAGGGGACCGUGCCCAGCUUAUGAGCAGUCUUCUCCCACCCACACCACCUGGUGGACACUGCUUGAGCUUCUGGUUCCACAUGUUUGGACCUGAUGUCAACUCUCUAAGGAUUAUCAUGGAGAACAGAGACAACCGCACGCUGCUGUGGCAGAGGUCUAGAACUCAGGGAAAUGCUUGGAAACAAGCACAUCGAGGCAUCCAAUCUGAUGUUAACUUUAGGCUCAUCAUUGAAGGAACAUCAGGCCCAAGCUACAGAGGAGAUAUUGCAAUUGACGAUAUAGAAAUGAUCAAUGGGCCUUGUCCCCCUGAAACAACAUGCGACUUUGAAGCAAACUUCUGUGGAUGGACCCAAGCAAGUGAUGAUGAAUUUGACUGGCAACGAGGAUUUAAUGGAACAUCCUCUUCAGGUACUGGUGCACCAAUUGACCACACCUAUGGCACAGACACUGGAUACUUUGCCUACAUAGAGACUUCCUACCCUAGAAAGAAUGGAGAUACAGCCAAGAUGAUGACCCCAGUAUACAGUGGUUCAGCCACCAGAUGUCUCCAGUUCUGGUAUCAUAUGUAUGGCGCUGAUGUAGGUACCCUCUUCAUACAGCGCAACAAUGCACUGCUGUGGACUAAAUCAGGUGACCAGGGUAACAUGUGGCGUAGUGCCAAGGUGACCCUACCAAGCACGUCCAGCAGCUAUGCCAUCAGCUUUAUUGGUCAGCGAGGAGCUGGGUACAGGGGAGACAUUGCAAUCGAUGAUGUGUCCAUUACAGAUGGUGCAUGUCCACCUGUGGGCAGAUGUGACUUUGAGCAAGACACCUGUGGCUGGACCAAUGCCAUCACAGAUGAUUUUGACUGGCUUAGAAAUAAUGGAGGCACACAAAGUGUAUACACUGGUCCAUCUGAAGAUCACACUACGGGAACUAAUCAGGGUUAUUACAUGUAUAUUGAAACAUCUGGAAGCUUCAGAAAAACAGGGGAGAAGGCCCAGUUUGUAAGUGAACAUCUGACUUACACCCGCACCCGCUGCUUCACAUUCUGGUAUCACAUGUAUGGUGCUGGCACUGGCAAUCUUACUGUCUAUACAAAGACCACAGGUACCCAAGGUUCACCGACACAGCUAUGGCAAGUAGUGGGUACCCAGGGAAAUAGAUGGAUCCAGGGUCAGGUUAACUUAGUCCCUGUUGGGGAGUUUGUUGUCGUCAUUGAGGCUACCCACGGUGGAAACUACACUGGGGAUAUAGCCAUAGAUGAUAUCAAUGUACUGAACACAGCAUGCAGUGGAAUCACCACCCCAGGCACCACGCCUAGCACACCACAGAUCUCAGUGGGACCAACAUCUAGUGCCUUUAUGAGCUGUGACUUUGAGGAUGCAACAGCGCCAUUCUGCACUUGGCAGCAAGAUAAAGGUGACCAAUUUGACUGGACCAGAAGAGCAGGUGGAACAAUAUCAGCAGGCACUGGCCCAGCUGGGGAUCACACAACAGGAUCCAACUCUGGAAAUUAUAUCUACAUUGAAGCUAGUGGCCAACAACCCAAUGACACAGCCAGGUUGUCCAGUUUAGAAAUUGACAUCGGUCAGCAAGGAAUAUGUCUAGACUUCUGGUACCAUAUGUAUGGGGCCAAUGUCAACAGGCUUACUGUGCUCAGCAGAAAUAUUGGCAGCAGAGUACCAACACAGGUUUGGACAAGAAGAGGGAACCAGGGACCACAGUGGAGAUAUGCACAAGUACACCUACAAACUCAGGGUAAAUACAUCCUUUCCUUUGAUGGAAUAGUUGGAGCCAGAUGGGAUGGUGACAUUGCUCUUGAUGACAUCAAGCUAACCACUGGGCCAUGUUCAUCAUCCAAAGUGUGUGACUUUGAUAAUGGCUUAUGUGGCUUCACCCAAGAUGUCUCAGACAAUUUUGAUUGGACCCAGGCCAAAGGUGCCACCUUAAGCAUAAGGACUGGCCCUCCAAGUGACCACACAUAUGGUACUUCUGAGGGAUACUACAUGUACAUAGAAGCUACCAACCGUCAACCUGGUAGCAAGGCAAGAUUGGACAGUCCCAGCUAUCCAAGCACUCAAGGGUCCUGCCUAACAUUCUGGUACCACAUGAAGGGCACCGGCAUUGGUACAUUAAAUGUGUAUAGAAAAUCUAGAGGCAGUCUUGGUUCCCCUGUUUGGACAUUGAGUGGCCAACAAGGUGAUGAGUGGCAUGUAGCCCAAGUGACCAUUACAAGUGCCUUGCAAUAUCAAAUCACAUUUGAAGGAAUACGUGGUGCUACCUAUAAUGGAGAUAUUGCCAUAGAUGAUUAUUCCAUAGUUGAUGGUGCUUGUCCAGCUUUUGGAUCUUGUGACUUUGAAUCCGAUUUGUGUACUUGGAAAAAUGUUGCCACAGGAGAUGAUUUUGACUGGGAAAGAGCAAGCGGUUCAACAACGUCACAAAACACCGGACCCUCAGCUGAUCACACCUUAAACACACGCUAUGGCACUUACCUGUAUAUUGAGGCAUCUGCACCAAGAAAACAGAAUGACGAAGCCUGGUUUAUCUCUCAGGUAUUUAACACCACCCAACCAGGUUGCUUCUCCAUGUAUUACCAUAUGAAGGGAGCAAACAUUGGAAGCCUCAGCGUAGCUACCAGACACACUGGGGAAACUAGACAGGAUGAGCGUUGGAGGCAGGACACAGCACAAGGAGACCAGUGGAACUUUGUACAAGUCCCCACAACUGGAUCUAAACCCUACCAGGUUAUUAUAAUUGGUCGUGUAGGGAAUGGAUUCCAGGGUGAUAUAGCCAUUGAUGACAUUAACUUUGUGUAUGGUCAGUGCCCACCUCCGCCCACUGUUUCUCCUACAUGUGCUUACACAUGCACAGAUAAUGGUCAAUGUGUGCCACAGUAUAAAGUGUGUGAUUUUGUCAGAGAUUGUCCAAAUGGUGGAGAUGAGAUUGACUGUGGCUACGACUGCACAUUUGAGGAUGGUAACAACUGCAAGUGGAAUAGUACGGGAAGAACAGCAUUCCAGUGGCAGAGGUACCGUGGUGCCACACCUGAUUCCAACACAGGUCCAUCAAUUGACCACACCACCCUCAGUCCUUCUGGAUACUACAUGUAUGUGGAUGCAAGCAACGGUGGAGGAUUUGCAAGCGCUAGGUUAACCAGCCCACUGCUGAGACGAGCCUCAGCUACUUGUCAGUUGACAUUCUGGUACCACAUGUUUGGUGCAAACAUUGGGACCUUAGAGGUCAGAAUUAGAGAAAAUGGAAGAGAGACAUCUUUAUGGAACCUAAGAGGAAAUCAAGGAAACAAAUGGGUUCAAGCUGUAAUUCCACUAGGUAGAAUAGCAUCUUCUUUCAGGGCUAUCAUUCAAGCAAGAAGAAGAUUCAGUGUUUUAGGAGAUAUUGCCAUUGAUGACAUAGCAUUCCAAGGCUGUGGCCUACCACCCAUUGUCACAGGAUCAUGUCCAACUGGAUCUCAGAAAUGUACUCGUGGUUCAUGUGUGUCCAAUUCUAGAAUUUGUGAUCUGACUGAUGAUUGUGGUGACAGUUGGGAUGAGAACACAAACAACUGCCAAGGUUACUCCACCUGCACAUUUGAACAAGGAAUCUGCGACUGGGUGCAACUCAAAGGUGAUGACUUUGACUGGACCCGCCAAACUGGAAGGACAAGUAGUUUAAAUACUGGACCAUCUAGGGAUCAUACCCUGAACAGCCAGACUGGGCACUACCUGUUUAUCGAGACUUCAAACCCUGUGAAAACUGGUGAUGUAGCAAGAAUUGGAAGUAAAUGGUUCCAGGCCACACCGGGCCAGACUGAUUGUAAGAUGAGAUUCUACUACCACAUGUUUGGUCAACACAUUGAUGCCCUUACUGUAUACUACAGGACACAGGUGCAUGGCUCAUAUACCCAGUUGUGGAGGAAGAAGGGAGAAAUCGGAGACUACUUUGAGAGGGCAGAGAUCACUUUGACCAUACCAAGCAACUUCCAGAUCAUUAUCCAGGCAGCAAAAGGAACAGGCUACCAAGGUGACAUAGCCAUUGAUGACGUUUCUUUCACACCAGGUUGUCGAGCAUACACAGGAGUCGUGCCCACCGUCACACCACAAACAACAGUGACAACACCAGGAACCACUGUUGGUCCUUGCGGGGCAGGGAACUGGCAGUGUGCUAGUGGACAGUGCAUAUUGCUGUCCAAGAGAUGUGACUUCACCCAGGACUGUGCGGACAAUUCUGAUGAAAGUCAGUGUGGUACCUGUAACUUUGACACUGAUCAAUGCAAUUGGGCGGAUGGCAGCACUGGACGAUAUAGCUGGAGCCGCCAUCAAGGGUCAUCACCUAGUGCAGUCUCAGGACCUACUUCUGACCACACUACAGGAACCCCCAAUGGUUGGUAUAUGCUAGUAGACUCUACCAAAGCAGCAGGACAGUUCUUUGGAAUAUCGCGUCUCAGUAGCACAGUGUAUGGAUCUGUGGCUACAGGCUGUGAGAUCAGCUUUUGGUUUCACAAGAAUGGCACUAGUGGUUUACUGGGUCUCAGACUUCUACCAUAUGGUAAUGGAAACAAUACAGGGCGCAUAACACUGUGGAGUGUCAGAGGGAACCAAGGUUCUCAGUGGAUACAGGCUAAAGCUGGUAUAGGACGGCGGGCUGCAGGGUUCUCCUUGCAGUUCUUUGGUAUUCAUAAUACAAGGACUGGAGACAUGGCAAUCGAUGAUAUUACAUUCAACAACUGUGCCCUGGGACCUGUGGGUCAACCGUGUCAGUCCAACCAAUUCAGUUGUAGCAAUGGUCGCUGUGUUGAUGCUGAUAGAGUUUGUGAUUUUGCUGAUGACUGUGGUGACAAGUCUGAUGAACAAAAUUGUGCCAAGUACCUUGGAUGUAACUUUGAGAAGGACAUCUGUAUCUGGACACAGUUGAGCAAUGACCAGUUUGACUGGACAAGGACAUCUGGAUCAACGUCCUCCACAGGCACUGGACCUUCACGUGACCAUACUUUGGGAACAUCAGCCGGUAGUUAUCUGUACAUUGAAACAUCCAGCCCACGCAGACCCAAUGAUACAGCACGCAUUGUCAGCCCAACCUUCCAACCAUAUACAGGCACAGCUUGCAGCAUGAGGUUCUUCUACCACAUGUAUGGACCCCAUGUAAAUGCCCUUAAUGUGUACAUGAGAACUCAAGUAGGUGGUGCAAUGAGACAACUCUGGUCUAUGAAGAAUACCAAUAAGGAUGAGUGGCAGAGAGCUAGCAUUCCUUUGAGCAGUAGCACACCAUUCCAGGUUAUCAUUGAGGGAGUGCGUGGAAUCAGCUAUGCUGGAGAUAUAGGAAUUGAUGAUGUUACCUUCACACCUGAUUGCCCACAAGGUGGUAUCUUAACAGUGGGUCCAGCAACCCCAACGUCCACCAUUUGUCCAGCUGGUCAGCUGCCAUGUGCCAAUGGAGUCUGCCUGCCAGCAUCCUACUUCUGUAACUUCAGAGAAGAGUGUACUGAUGGCUCUGAUGAAUCACAAUGCCCAGCAACCUGUGACUUUGAAAGCACCACCAAUGCAUUGUGCUCCUGGACCAAUAAAAACAUUGGCGAUGAUUUCGACUGGAAAGUCAGCUCUGGUGGAACUCCAUCCCAGGGUACAGGACCAAACCAUGAUCACUCCAAGAACAGUGUUACUGGUCACUACGCCUUCAUAGAGGCAAGUGCAAAGAGACCAGGUACCAAGGCCAGAUUGUUCAGUCCUACAUAUAACCAAGCUGGCACUACUUGCUCAUUCAGCUUCUGGUAUCACAUGUAUGGCAUUCACACUGGGAACCUGAAUGUGUACAUCCAGAGAGGAGGUUCUGAGGUGUUACUGUGGAGUACAACUGGAGACAAGGGAGAUGUGUGGCUCCAGGGUUUGGUCUACUUGCCAAUAUGUGCAUCCCAGUUCACAAUUAUCUUUGAAGCAACUGUUGGUAGUGGAUGGCAAGGUGACAUCUCCAUUGAUGACCUAAGAUUUGACAGGUGUGCCUACCCAACUGUUGCCCCCAAUACUCCCUGUGGUUCCACACAGUUCCAGUGUGCAAGUGGCCACUGCCUGCCCAAGGCUAGUGUCUGUGACUUCCAAAAUGACUGCUGUGAUGGCAGUGAUGAAAAACCAAGUGAUUGUACUACAAAGGGAUACCAGAUGUGUAACUUUGAUAACGGGGAUUUCUGUGGCUGGCAGCAAGUGACGACUGACCAGUUUGAUUGGUCCAUGCAGCGUGGUGCCACAGCAUCUGUUAAUACUGGUCCUUCCUUUGACCACACCACCUUCCAAUCCACAGGUAGAUACUUGUACAUAGAGGCAUCCAGCCCCAGGGUUAAUGGUGACAGAGCACAGAUUAAGUACACAUUACAGAAUGCUAAACCAGGCCAAUGUGAGAUGAGACUCUGGCACCACAUGUUUGGUGCCCAUAUAGGCUCCCUCAACAUUUACACCCAGCCAGCAUCUAGUCGGUCAGCCACACUGGUCAAGGCAAUCAAUGGCUCACAGGGAGAUGGUUGGAGACGCAUAUCUGUGCCACUGUCCAGCAGUGUUAAACUGGAUAUCAUCAUUGAAGGUGUUAUUGGUCCUGGUUGGCAGGGAGAUAUGGCCAUUGAUGAUUUGACCUUCACCCCAGGAUGCAUUCUACCUUGUCCGAAUAACCAGUUCAGAUGUGGAGAUGGUACGUGUCUGCCGAAUUCCAAAGUGUGUAAUUCAGUUAGCGAUUGCUCUGAUGGAUCAGAUGAACAAGGCUGUGCUUCUGGAAACACCUGUGACUUUGAAACUGGAACAUGCGGUUGGGCCGAGAGCACCCCUGACCAGAUAGACUGGACACUGGGCUCUGGUGCAAGCACUGGAAACAUCAGGCAGAUGGCGCCAGCUGUUGACCACACUCUAAGCAGUGGCAGUGGACAUUACAUGUAUGUCAGAGAUAACAGCGGUGGACAAGGAUACAACAAUGUUGUUGAGCUGGCAGGACCAAUCUUGAGAACUGCCCCAGCUUCCUGUAUCUUCCAGUUCAACUAUUACAGUUAUGGACCAAGGACCCUUUCCCUAGGCCUUUCUCUAAAAACCCAACGCUAUAAUGUGGGGCUGUUCAGGACCAGAUUUGGAGAAUCCUUAAAUGGCUGGCAACAGGUUAGAGUUGGUAUAGGACGUCGCUACAUCCCAUUCCAGCUGGUCUUCAAGCAAUACCAGUACGGCUCUGUACAGUUUAAUGGAGCAGUUGCCAUUGAUGACUUGCGCUUCAUUAGCUGCAGCCCACCACCCCCUGCCAGUUCCUGCCCUAACGGAUUCUGGUGUAAGACAACAAGAGCAUGCAUUUCCAAUGACCAGCUAUGUGACCUACAAGAUGAUUGUGGUGAUGGCUCAGAUGAAGACAGCAACACUUGUGCCAACUACAAGCGGUACAACUUCGAACAAGGCUUAGCGGACUGGACCAAUGCACCCAAUGGGAAUUUCAGCGAUGACUUUGACUGGACAAGGAACAAUGGAUCUACAGAUUCCAUCAACACAGGACCUAUACGUGACCACACCAAGGGCACACCUAGAGGUUUCUAUUUGUACAUAGAGACAUCAUCCCCAGUGCGGUACAACCAGAAAGCUUGGCUGGUCAGUCGUGUGUUUGCUGCUUCACCCAAUGGUGCUUGCAGGAUGAGAAUGUUUUACCACAUGUUUGGACUCCACGUGAACCGUCUAACUGUCUAUUACAGAACAACUUCAAAUGGUCCCCCUACAGGUCGACUAUGGUCCAUGAUUGGCAGCAGUGAUGACGUAUGGCAGAAGGCCGACUUCCAGGUGCAAGUGUCCCAAUCUUUCCAGAUACUGAUUGAGGCCGUGUCUGGUGACAGCUACCUGGCCGACAUAGCCAUAGAUGAUAUAAGUUUCACUCCAGACUGUCAAUUUAGCUCAGAUAUGUUACACACGGCUGCUCCAGUUCUGACCACAGCUACUUCAACCAUGUCCACAUUGCCACAUGGAUGUGAUGCCAACACUGAGGUGAACUGUUAUAAUGGACAGUGCAUUAAGAAAGAAGAGCUGUGUGACUUUAAGACAGACUGCAGUGAUAGCACUGAUGCCGACCCUAAGACCUGUGUCAAGCCAACAUGUACCUUCAAUUCUGGCGACAUGUGCGGAUGGACAGCCCAGACUAAGAACCAGUUCUCAUGGACUCCAGCUCAGGGCAGCACACGCACAUCCGUGGACUACAGACCUAGUAGGGAUGCCAACAAUGAUGACUGGUACCUAUUUGCCGACUCAUCUAAUGGUGGUUUCAGGGAUGAGGCAGAUUUGAUAAGUACCACCAUUUCAAAGACUGGUCCUCAGUGCGUUAUGAAAUUAUCAUAUCACAUGGCUGGACGUCGUAUUGGAUCUCUGCAUGUGCUGAAGAGCAGCUUUGGAGAGCAGAGACAGCUGUGGUCAGUGAGUGGUAACCAAGGCAACAGAUGGAGAGAGGUCACCAUUCCCAUUGGACCUGGAACUGAUUUCACACUAACCAUACAGGCAAAGAGAGGUAGAACCUUCGUAGGAGAUGUGACCAUAGAUAACAUCAGGUUUGAGAACUGUGCACCUCCUGUGGUCCCCCUCCAGGGUUGUACCACCAACCAAUUUACAUGUACAAACACAGGCUACUGCAUUGACAAUGGACUUCUCUGUGAUGGCCAGGAUGACUGUGGUGACGGUUCUGAUGAAGAUUACGCCACUUCCUCAGCCACAGUGUGCCAGAGCUAUACCAAGUGUGACUUUGAGAACAACCUGUGUGACUUACUGCACAAUGAACUAGAUGACACAUUUGACUGGUCCCUGAAACAAGGCAGUACUUCCACUGUGGGCACAGGACCUGCAGUGGACCACACCAAACAGACCAAUCUCGGAUAUUAUGCAUACACUGAGAGCUCCUUCCCAAGACAACCUGGAGAUAUUGCUAGACUAGGAACCAAAGUCAUUCAAGGCAGUGCAUCUCAAGGCUGCAAGGUACGCUUCUGGUAUCACAUGUUGGGAGAUCAUGUAGGCUCACUGGCCAUACUGAAGCGUCUCCACUAUGGCUCAGACGGUGUCCGCGUCCUGAAGAACAUCACAGGUGAACAGGGCAAUAACUGGAUCCGAGAUGAGGUGGACCUCAGCAGCCCCAGCAGUAAUUUCCAGGACUUUGAGCUUGUAUUUGAAGCCAUGGUGGGAACUGGCUACAGAGGAGACAUAGCUCUAGAUGACAUCACAUUCACUCCUUUCUGUAAAUUCACUAAUGCAUACCUGCCUGGAGCGCCCACCCCGUCCACUACCACUCCCUCUGGACAAUGUCCAGUGGGCCAGCUGACCUGUGCCAAUAGCCGCUGCUAUGCCAGGGACCAGAGGUGUAACUUCAUUGACGACUGUGGAGACAACACUGAUGAAAAGGAUUGUGGUGAAGACUGUGACUUUGAGUCUGGAUUCUGUGGCUGGAGUAACUCUGACCGUGACUCACUAGACUGGACACGACAGAAUGGCACCACACAGAGCAGAGAUACUGGACCAGGCAAUGACCACACACCAUUAGCCAAUGGUCAAGGUAACUACAUCUACAUUGAAGCCAGCUCGGGCAGUACAGGCGACAAGGCACACCUUCACAGCAGCCUGUUCCCAAGCACCACCAGCUCUUGUCGGUUCACAUUCUGGUACCACAUGUUUGGCACCCACAUCGGCACCCUGGCCGUGUACAUCAAGACCAGCUCUGGAUACAACCAGGUGUGGAGCAUGUCUGGCUCUCAGGGAGACCAGUGGAUACAGGCAGAUGUUCCCAUAGGCCAGCAGUACAACCUGGAGGUGGUGCUGGAGGGAGUCCGAGGCAAUGGAUGGGCUGGAGAUAUUGCUGUGGAUGAUAUAAAAUACGUGCAGUGUGACUCAAAUAAUGGUGUUGUGAACUGUGAUGAGAGUCAGUUCCGAUGCGCAGAUGGCACGCAGUGUGUACCCAGGCAGUUUGUGUGUGAUAAACAAUACAACUGCAAUGACCAGUCUGAUGAAUCCCCUGCUUUUUGCUCGCGCCAACCUGGAGACUGUACAUUUGAGAGAGGGCUCCCCACCUGUAGCUGGAGCCAGAUGACAGACGAUGACUCUGAUUGGGUGAUUGGUACACAGACCACAGCAGCCGCCUCACCACUGACAAUGGACCACACCAGGGGGCAGGGAGGUUCCUUCCUGUUCCUUGACACCACAAGCACAGACCUUGGCGACAUCGCUCGUGUGCAGACACCCAUGUUCCCACCCAGCUCUGGAAUCUGCUACCUCAGGUUCUACUACUACAUGAAUGGACAAUACCUUCAGGGACAGUCUGGGACAUUAUCUGUGUACACUGAGGACACCAAUGGUCAGCGCCUUCUGAUGUGGACAGAGAGUGGCCGGGAGACUGACCAGAGCACAGUUUGGAAGUAUGCCAACGUACUCCUGGGCAGUAUGGUGAACUACACAGUGGUGUUUGAAGCCAUGGAUGGCAGUGAUGUCAAAACACAGAUUGCCAUUGAUGAUGUUUUGUUCACACCGGAAUGCUCUACUGGAGUAUAUUCUGCCAAUGCAGCAACCUGCUCACCAGCACAAUUCAUGUGCGUGAACACAAAGACGUGUGUGCCUGCCAACUGGAGAUGCGACGGUGAGGCUGAUUGUUCAGAUGGAUCAGAUGAAGCUGGAUGUGGUAUCACCAAUACUCCAGCUUCAAAGCCCACCCUAGGCCCGACUUUGCCUCCUAACACCUGUGGGUUUGGUAAUAUCACCUGUCAUGAUGGUACCUGUCUGCCUGCUAACCUGCAGUGUGAUGGCGUUAAUGACUGCCAGUCUGGGGAAGACGAGGGAGCAUGUAACAUGAAAUGUCACCAGGGCUCCCGUUAUUGUAAGAAGACAGGACAGUGCGUGUCAGUUCAAGCUGUUUGUGAUGGAUUCAGUGACUGUGGAGAUGGUGUGGAUGAAGUGCUAUGUAAAGCCACUUCCUGCAGUGAGUAUGAUGGUUUCUGUCUCAAUGGAGGGAUCUGCUCCAGCCCAGAGAGUGGCAUUACCUGCAACUGUACUGGCCUGUCAUCUGGCUGGAGAUGUGAAGCUCUGACAGCAACCCCACAAUCUCCUGCAGCUCAGACUGGAGUCACUACUGGAGGUUGGGUCGGCAUCAGUCUUGCUCUGGUGGUGAUACUUGUAAUGGGUCUGCUGGCUUUUAUCUAUGUUUUCCUGCGGAGGAAGAAUAGUCUUCCAAUAAAAACUAAGAACCUCUAUGGUACCCAGGGCAUUGAAAACCCAGUGUUUGAUACCUAUACUGGCUCAAGUGACUUUGCAAUGAACGAGUUACAAGACAUGAACGGAACUGGCCAGGGAUCAUUUGUAAAUCCUAUUUAUGGAGAUGUGAGUGAAUCAUAACAGGGACUUAACUGAACUCCCACUGCCAAUUAUCAUACAACGACCAAACCUUAAAGAACAUCUACCGACAUUUAACGACUAUUGACAGACAAAAUCAUAGAAAGAGGGAAAUGACACUUUGUUUUAUUUUUUUUCCUAAACAAACUUUACAUAAAAUGUGAAAUGCAAUGUUGUUAAUUUGGCUGAUUUUUUAUUCAUGACUUCGACAAUAUUAUUAUCAGUUUAAACUUACGCAAUUUCCACAGUUUUUAAAAAACCCUUCAAGUAUUGGUUUUUACAUACCAGUAUUUUACUUUUAUUAAUUUAAGUCCAAUAAAUCAUAUAUGCAAACAG